GCGUUAAUGUACCCGCGCCCGGAACCGCACCUGCCUUAACAGGACAUCCAUAGCUAGCACGUGAUAUCAAUUUGAGGGGUUAGAGCUCUCGCAAAUGCUUUCCUCCGUCGCCACACUGACCGUACACCGUAUUCACCGAUCAUGAAAGCUGAAAGUCUGACCACCCAGCCGGCUCCGCGAAAACCAGGACAGAAGAAAUUGCGUAGUCUGCUACCAUGGUGAUGGACUUCAUCAGGAGAUCUCACCCAGCUCGGCAAGCCUCUGAUUCCGAAUCCGACGAUGGCAAGGAAGUCAGCCCUCCGCAGAGCCCAAAGGAAAGGAACGCUACGAUUGUCAGGUGCUUCUUCAGGUCCAAAUGCCACAUGCAGCAGAUACUGGACCCCGGAAAUCGCCCGCCAACAGCCUCAUCUGGAACAAGGGUUAGUCUAGCCGAGGUCAUGGGAAUUGAUUGUGGAGGUUUCGACUUUGCCACUUCUUGUGGGCGGUCGAUGAUAUUUUUAAAUGGCGGCCGAGGGAAGAAACAAACCACAAUAACUGAAUACCAUAGUCUUUUCCUAUGGACGAAGAAAAAGCAAUGUAAAACAUCAAAAAUCCCAAAAAGUCUUGAUCAAAGGAAACAGAGACCUUCAACAAAUCUCGAAGCGAUGGAGACGAGGGUCACCAAGGGAGUGGUCGUGAUGUGAUCUCAUUGGCGGAAGCAAUCUGGGUUCAUUCACCUGAGCCCACGGGAGAGCGUGGUUCCGGUCGGCGACUCGGUUAAAGCAGUUUUUAGGAGGUCAGAGAACGAGUGCGUUCAAGAAGGAAAUUCGCCUCAUCUCCGCCUUUUUCUACGAGUCUUUUUCGCAUUCAAUG